AAACAGAACAGUAAACGGAAUUCGAAACAGUCUGUUGCGGUGUGUGGUGGUUUGCAACGAACUUUUGUGAAACUUUUAAAAUUAAUUUUUAAACCCGGAAAUGGACAGCUUCCAGCAAUCGGAGCGCAUCAAGGAGCUACAGGACCAUGUGGUCACGCUUCGGCACGACAUGUCCGUUUGCUACAAGCGGAUGCUGAUGAAGGAGUGCCAAGUAAUUGCGAAUAAUCUGGCAGAAGCCAAAGUCAACUUCCCACGUCAGAACCUGGACCAGCUGCAGAACAUCCGACCGGCCGAUCUGAGCCGUGCGACGCAAUCCAUCCGGACCAACCCACCGAUGCACGAAAUUCUCAACCAGGCCCGCCAGCUGCAACGCUUCCAGCAGAUGGACAGAAAGAAACACUAAAUUUUAAUGGUUUGUCAUGCUAUUUUUAUUGCUUUCAAUCAUUCUCCAAGCUCAAAAUGUUGUGCAACUCGUUGUAAAUCAUC